ACUCAACCUGUCAUGGCGGUUGGGAUGUUAGGUGUGGGCGCUCGCCGCCUUUUGGCUGCAGCGGCGAGGCGAGGGCUCCCGGCUGCCCGCGUUCGCUGGGAAUCCAGCUCCUCCAGGGCUGUGGUCGCCCCGUCUGCUGUGGCGAGAAAGUGGCCGCCGGAACCGACCUUACGCUGGCAGGAGGACCCAGAGUCCGAGGACGAAAACCUCUAUGAGAAGAACCCAGACUCCCACGGUUACGACAAGGACCCUGUUUUGGACAUCUGGAACAUGCGGGUUGUCUUCUUCUUUGGCUUUUCCAUUGUCCUGGUCCUUGGCAGCACCUUUGUGGCUUAUCUGCCUGACUACAGGAUGCAGGAAUGGGCCCGCCGGGAAGCUGAGAGACUUGUGAAAUAUCGGGAGGCCAAUGGCCUUCCCCUCAUGGAAUCCAACUGCUUUGAUCCCAGCAAGAUCCAGCUACUGGAAGAUGAGGACUGACCAGCUGCUGAGUGGGGCUCAAGAAGCAGCACCCUCCUCACCCCCUGCCUGCCAUUCUGUCCUCUCCUCAGAGCACCUAAUUAAAGGGACUGAAAAUCUGA